AUGGCAAUCCAUCACCACCACCACCACCAUCACCACCACAACCAAACCGUUUCAUCUCUUCUCGACGCUCUUUACUGCGAUGAAGAAAAACUCGAAGAAGAAGAAGACGUUUCAUCUCCACAGAGUGAUAUCACAACUAACAAUGAAGAACAUGUUCUAGACUUCACUUCGCUUUCUCCUCUUCUUUCCUUGGAACAAAACCUCUUCUCUCAAGAUGAAGAACUCUCCACGCUUUUCUACAAAGAAAAAACCCAACUACAAACUUACUACGAGGAUCUGAAGAAAAAUGUCGUCGAUUUUGUUUCUCUCUCUCAACCUCGUCGUGAAGCUGUUCAAUGGAUGCUUAAAGUCAAUGCUCAUUACGCCUUUUCACCUCUCACCGCAACACUCGCUGUUACAUAUUUCGACAGGUUCCUCUUAACCUUCCUUUUCCAAAAGGAUAAGCCAUGGAUGAUUCAGCUUGUUGCUGUUACUUGCAUCUCUCUAGCUGCAAAAGUUGAAGAAACUCAAGUUCCUCUCCUCCUAGACCUUCAAGUGCAAGAUACUAAAUAUGUGUUUGAAGCAAAAACUAUUCAGAGAAUGGAGCUUUUGAUUCUGUCUACACUGAAAUGGAAGAUGCAUCCAGUGACACCACACUCUUUUCUAGAUCAUAUUAUAACAAGGCUUGGUUUGAAAACUAAUCUUCAUUGGGAGUUUUUAAGACGCUGUGAAAAUCUUCUUCUAUCUGUACUUUUAGAUUCAAGAUUUGUUGGUUGUGUUCCUUCUGUGUUGGCUACUGCUACAAUGCUGCAUGUGAUAGACCAGAUUGAAGAGAGUGAUGAUAAUGGUGUGGACUACAAAAACCAGCUUCUUAAUAUUCUCAAAAUUAAUAAGGAGAAAGUGGAUGAAUGUUAUAAUGUGAUUGUUGAGGUUACUAAUGGAAGUAAUUAUGGUCAUAAACGAAAAUAUGAACAAGUUCCUGGAAGUCCAAGUGGCGUAAUUGAUGCUGUUUUUAGUUCUGAUGGUUCUAAUGAUUCAUGGAAAGUGGGUUCAUCUUCAUCGUAUUCAACCUCAGAGCCUGUUUUUAAGAAAACAAAAACUCAAGGGCAAAAUAGGAAUUUGUCACCUCUUAAUAGGGCAAUUGUUGGAAUUCUUGCCACUGCUAGUGCUACCUCUCCUUAA